AUGAGACCCCGCGGCACUACGCGCCACAGGGCGACGCGCUCGUCGCAGUCGCGGCCGCGCGACGGCCGGUACAGUGGGCCGUCCGAUCUCGAGCUGCAGGAGAUGUUUCUGCCCGCGGGGUACCCCGACAGCGUCAGCGACGACUACGUGCGCUUCCAGCUCUGGGACACGACGCAGGCCAUGUGCAGCUACUUGCGCGGGGUCUUAGCGACCCAAUCGGUGCUCCAGAGCGUCGGCGUGGGCGACGACAGCGCGACGCCAUUGGCCGCCGCGCUGCGGUGGGUGCUGCGCGACGGCUCGGGCAUGAUCGGCGGCCUGACGUUCGCCUACUUUGUCGGGCCCAAGUUUGACCUCAACGUCAAGCGCUGGCGGCUCUUUGCCGACGUGGCCAACGACGCGGGGCUCACGCUCGACAUGAUUGCGCCGCUGAUUCCCGGCCUAGUGACUGAAGUGCUCUGUCUCUCGAGCAUCUGCAAGACCAUGUGCGGCGUGGCGUCCGGCGCCACGGGUCGUCGCUCAUGA